UUUCACAGAGCCCUUUGUGACCCAACAUGAUAUGUGUGUUGGCUGCGACACCCACAGUUCCUGAAGGAUAUGAUAGAACAUCAUGGGACAUGACAGAACGUCAUGGGAUAUGAUGAAACAGCCUGGGAUAUGACGGAACAACAUGUUAUCUCCAGUCCCUGUGUCAGGAACUCUUAAGGCUAGAGAGUGGGAUGGCAGCAAGACCUCAGAGUGUGCCCAGCGAGGGCACAGUAAAGAAAGAGGAGGAAGGCCCUGGUGUUGCCCCUUCUCUACCAUCCCUGGGUCAGGAGCCCUCGAAUCCAGACAGCUGGAUGGCAGAGGGACCGUCCAGCAUGACCGGACUGGCCAGUGUGAAGGAGGAGGAGGAGGAAGGUCCUGGGUCUGCCCCAGAAUGGCCACCUCAAAAGAUGGAGGAGUUCCAGCCACUGCAGGCAGAUCCAGUUGCGGUGCUGACAGAAGAGCAGGAGCUCAUCCGUAAGCGUUUCAGCAAUAGAAUACAGACCUUUUGGAAAUUUGUCAAGACCACUGAACGUGAAGAGAUGGCCAUCACAGCCAUCGAAGGCAUGGCAAACUCUGACUCCUAUAACCCAGAGGCUUGUGCUGCCAUGCUGAAUUCGCUUGUGCAGAGUGACAUCCCCAAUUUGAAGCGUGUGCCAACAAUUGUGACGUAUAUGUACCGGUGGCUCAAAGCCAACACAGAUCUGUCUGCAGAGCACAGGCUUGACAAGAGCCUUCUGAAGCUGGCGCAAGCACACCCCAACGAUGUGGUAGUGACCCUCCUGUGCUGUGCCCCUUCGUGUGACAGAGCCGCUGUGUCCAUGUGGAAGGUGAUGGUGUCUUCAAGCAGGACUGCAGAGGGGGUGCUGUCGGAGCUGCCCUGUGUGCUGGAGGACUGGCCGCUGCACAGCACCUGCACCUCUGAGGGGGAGAACAAGGAAGUCUUUGCUCUGGCUGUGACCAGGGCACGGGCAGCUGUCCCUGUCUGGCUGCUGGCCUCUGGCAGCCCUUCCAGUUUUGUCUCCCUGUCCAUGUCAAUGUGUUGCAGAGGGCUGGGGAGAGCUAAAGACUGGUGGCUGCUCCUGCUUGCAGGUGUCCUGGGUUGA